AAUCGAUUGAUGUCCGCCACUGGCUGUGCAAUAAUAAUGUUUUAUUUUGCAAACAAAAUUAGCGAACAUCAUCAUGGAAACUGAACAAACGCCCACUCCAAAUACCGCUACAUCGGACACGAAUUCCACAUGUGAAUACCUGGAUGCCGAAGGUGAUUCCGAGCACGAAACUGGCGAUCUCUAUCAGGAGGCGGAUGCGGAUGCGGAGCAACAACAUCAUCAGGGCCACAAUAUUAUUUCGGAGGCAGUUUCGGGACAAACGAAUAAAGAUUUGACCACAUCCGUGGAGUCGCUGGCGCUGAGCACAUCGACAAGUGCCAAGACCGAGGAUAGCGUCAGCACAAAUGCCGUUGAAGAGGAUCUGGAUGACUAUCAGCACGACAGCGUUUGGCGCGGCCAAAAGAAACAUAUUUUCAUACUAAGCGAGGCGGGCAAACCAAUUUAUUCGCUGCACGGCAAUGAGGACAAGCUGGCGGCACUGUUUGGUGUCAUUCAGGUGCUGGUUAGCAUUGUGCAGCGCGACCAGGAUGGCAUCAUAUCCAUCCAUGCGGGUGGCAUCAAGUUCGCUUUUAUGCAUCGCAAUUCGCUGAUUUUGGUCGCCGCUUCGCGCACCAAUAUGAGCAUUCAACAGCUGCAGCUGCAGCUGAGCGAUGUCUACUAUCAAAUACUUUCCUUGUUAACUCAUUCGCAUCUGUCGAAGACUUUCGAACGUCGCAAGAAUUUCGACUUGAGGCGUUCACUUGCCGGCAGCGAGCGUCUAAUCUUCAAUCUGCUUGCCAAUGACAGCAGCAAUGCAAGGGUUUCCAGCAAUAUUUUCACCUUUCUGACCAACUCGAUACGCGUCUUUCCAUUACCAACGGCUGUCAGAUCGAAUAUUAUCAGCGCGAUUCAGAGCAAUUGCUCGAAAGUGAAGGAUUUGGUGUUUGCCGUGCUGAUAGCGGACAACAAACUGAUUGCGCUGGUGCGCAUGAAGAAGUAUUCGAUUCAUCCGUCCGAUUUGCGUUUGAUAUUCAAUCUGAUUGAGUGCACGGAAUCGUUCAAGAAUUCGCCCCACUGGCUCCCAAUUUGCUUGCCCAAAUUCAAUAUGAAUGGCUUUUGGCAUGCGCACAUUUCGUAUUUAACCAAUGAUUGUCCGGCCUGUUUGCUGCUCAUCUCCGUCGAUAAGAAUGCAUCGGACAUAAUGCAGUCGGUGAAGAUGCGCAUUACAGAGAAGCUGGAACGCAGUCAGUGCCUGCAGGCGAUCAAUGAGGAGCUGCAGGAGCCGCACAAUGCCAAACUGUAUCAACAGAUGCUCAGCAUGCCCGAAUUGCGACACUUUCUCUACAAGCCAAAGGCAACGGCCCAGUUGCUCUUCCCCAUGCUGCGGCAUCCGUACAAGACCUUGUCGGAAUUUGAACGAUUGGAGGCGAUCUAUUGCAGUUUGCUACAUCGCAUCCACAAUCAGUCGCGACCAUUGAAAUUGAUCUACGAGCUGAGGGAUCGAGAGGUUAUCCUUGCCUGGGUAACAGCCACCUAUGAGUUAUAUGCGGUAUUCGAGUCGAUUGUGGACAAGGCAACGGUUAUUAAGUAUGUGGACAAGCUAAUCAAAUGGAUCGAAAAGGAAUACGAUGUUUACUUUAUACGUAAUCAUGCCACAUUCUAAAGUGAUUCCCAGAACAAGGCAGCCCGCAUUUGUAUAGUUAUAGCAAAUAAUGACUUAUGUUAUAUUUUUAAUACAUGCUUACACAUA